AUGGAGGCCGCAGCUCCUCCUCCGUUGGAGGGGCCGUCCGAAACUCUGGCGGAUGCACACGAAGUCAUUGAUGGCCUCUUUGUGGGAAGUGCCGAUGCGGCAGUUGAAGCGACAACAGGGCCAAACUCCCGGCAGAUUGGCUACAUUCUCGAUGUGGCGGGCUGCGUCACCCCGGCCAUCUUCUCCGCUCUGGCCAGCGCGUUGGCUGAUGAGGCGUUGGAGUCAUCGGAGGCAUCUGCCGUGGAAGAGCAGCCACCGCCGAUGACCCGCAGGUCCUGGCGGUCGCAGGUCUAUCUCCUCAAUGGCGUUGAGACCCUCUCCGUCCCUUUGGACGAUCAUGGUCGAACCCAGCUCUCCGAGGAGCUGCAGCAGAGUUGGUUCGACUUCAUCGAAUCCGGCCUGGCUCGUGGAAAGGUGCUGGUCCAUUGCCGCCUGGGCGUGAACCGGAGUGUCACCGUGGUGGCGGCCUUCCUCGUGAGGCGCCGGGGCUUCGCCCCAGACGAGGCCCUGGAGCUGUUGUCGCAAAGGCGGCCCUGUGCGGACCCGGUGUCUGCAUACCGCGAGCAGCUGCGGGCACUUCAGCCCCUUAGCAUUGGGCGCACUGGCCCGGAUGGCGCAAAGUGA